UUAAGUCAGGUUUCCUCUGAAAACACACACACACACACACACACACACACACACACACACACACACACACACACACACACACCUGUAGCAGCUCUGUAUCAUCUUGCUGGCUCUGACCAGGCAUUAGCUCAUUCAGCAUCUCUGUCAUUACAGUGAUAUUUCCCUUCACCAGUGCCAGCUCACUCACACACUCACACACACAAUAAACCUGACACCACAGACCUGCUGCCUAAUCAACUCAUUGCAUAAAAGCAAUAAUUCUUAAUUCCUGCUCUUCAUUAUCUUUAUGCAAGUAUAAAAACAUCCUAUGUCUGUAUUUAUGAAAUAUAUUAUUAUAAUGUUGUUGUCAACAAAAACUUAAAUUCACACAAAUAUGUUUGAUAUCAUGCCUUUGACCCAGACAUAUCUUGUGUAUGUGAGAAUAAAUAGGGUUAUUAUCCUGCAAACAUGUUGCAUCUGUCCUCUUUUUAAACGUAUGUCUGCUAUGUCAUUAUCUAAGCUGCCAUGAUGGGAAUUUACCCUGAAGCUCAUUUUAUAACUGAUCUAAGUGCAGUUUCUGUGUGAGAGUAUUUUUCAAUUAUUGUGUUUGAGAUUGCUCCUCAGCCAAAUCAAGGUCAAAUUAUUGGGGUUUUUUCUUGCUUCAUGCUUGCUGGGAAUUACAUCAAACUAAAUCUAGUAAUCAACACAUAAACCUAGCUUCUCAGAUGUGUCAUAUGUGUUUGCUUUGAAGCUAGCCAAAACAUCAGAACCUUGAAAAAGAAGUGGGAGCUGAGGUGAGCUCUGGCCGUCCUCAAUAAUAUGUCUGUUGUUUGUGUUGUAAGGCACUGAUUUCAGUAUGUUAUUGUUCACAAGCUCAAGGAUGUCUGGUGUAGGAGUCUCUGAAGCAUCCAAAGGAAAACCCAUAACUCGUCCUUCUGUUGUACCAUCCGCACCUAAAACUAUGCCUCAGCCAUUCAACUGUGUUGUGUGUGUCUGCUGGAUUUCUGUUUCUGUCCUUCUCAAUGGAUCUGCAUUGUUUGCUUCGAACAUUUCAACCCAGAUCCAGAUUGCAAACAAGACUGUUGUUCAAGACGAGGAGGACACAGACUGGGAUUCACCAUUUAUUCAGCUGAGAGACAGUCUGCUGUCCUACUUACAGCCAGUCCCUCCAUACACUCUGCUGACAAAUGCUGAGGACUACCACUACAUGCCCAAACCCAGACACCGCCGCCCCUCACGCCUCCUGCGUCUUCUGGGAUCCUCUUUUGACCUGUUCCGGAUGUCCAUAGAGCAGCCAUCUGAAGUCUCUGGGUGUCACCGGGAUGGUCAAUCUUUGGGUAAUGAGUCACUGCCGGCAAAAUUACCCAACUACACCACUGCCAAGAAGAAGUUCAACCUGAGUGCUUCUCCAGAGCUGAGAGAGGCUGCAGCAAAUCAAAUCAUCAUGCCGGGAAAGGAAGCUGCAGAUCAAGAUAUCAGUUCUUUGCCCUCACAUGUCGCCAGUUCAGUCAGAAACUGGUUAGUGCGCUCUGCCACUUGUGGAUUGAGCUACCAAUGGGUGGAUCUGGGUCCAUUUUUCUCGCCACGUUGGCUGCGUCAGACUGAUUGUGAAAAAUCAGAUGGAGUGAGAAGCUGCUCCUUUCCUGCUGGGAUGGAGUGUGUGCGAAUUCUUACAGCUCGCGUAAAGAUUCUGGCUUGGCACUGCUUGGAAAUCAGAGAGGGAGGAGAUGUUUCUAGAGGGGUAAAAUCGGUCAGAUCUGAUGGCAGAAAUGAGAUGGGGACAGGUGAAGUCAUGAAAAGGUGUAUAUGGAGGCACGUGCCUUACCCUGUGGUCACAGCAUGUACAUGUUCUUGUAAAUAA